CGUCAUUGUCAGCGUGAAUUGAAGCGGCAAUCGUUACGAUGAAUUAAUUAAGUUAACUUAAAGACAAUCUCACAACAGAGAUAAAAUAGUCAAAUAUUUCUAAACUUGUUAUAGAUAAAGCGGAUUGUCAAAUGUGCGUGCGUUAUUGAGUUUUUCAUUGAGUUUUUCCAAUGUCUAGCGAAGAAGCAGCCAACAAAAGAGAAAAUGAAAUGGUUUUGCCAGAAAUUGUUGGAAAUAAAUUUCUAUACUUUGGAUUUGGGAGUAAUUUACUGCUGAAAAGGAUCCGUAUACAAAAUAAAACUGCUGUCCGCAAAAACAUAGGGAAAUUAAAGGACUACGAAUUAGAUUUCUACACAAAUUCGACACGAUGGCAAGGUGCACCUGCUACCAUAGUUCCAAGAUUGGAGAAAACAGUAUGGGGCGCAGUAUGGGAAAUCGAUUUGAAUCACAUGGAUGAUUUGGACAAACAAGAAGGGGUUGACCAAGGAGUUUACAUUCCCAUUAGUGUUCCAAUUGAAACGCCAGAUGGCCAAACGUUGAUAUGCCGAGCUUACCGUCUGACCAAAUUACCGCCAGAAUUACGUGAAAACGAACCUAUUCCAUUUGAUAGACAGCCAUCCAGCACUUACCUUAAAACUAUAAUUAAAGGUGCUAUCGAAAGUGGAUUGCCAGAAAAGUAUAUUGAAUUUUUGAAACAUUUCAAGCAUAACGGUAACACAGUUGAAAGUAUUGAAAAGGACUUAGAAUUAUCUGAAAUUGUGAUAUAAAAUGACGUAAGGAUACAGAAUGGAAUGACAUUCAAGUCAAAAUAUAUAGAAAAGCGAAUAAAAA